CUCCCUUGAGCCUGACGCCGCAUCCUUUGAACUGGAUUUCAUUUCUUCAAACCCGAGGCGAUAGCACUUCAUUCGCACUCCACAUCCGCAUCGCCAGUCUUUCAUCAGAGUCUCCUGGCCUUUGAAAACCCCUUUCGCCACGCAGCUCCUUGUCCAUCGUGCCAGACGCCAAGCCUCGGCUGAUCCACGUUACUCACAGUGCUGAAGCACUUGAUCCCAGCUGACGGCUGACGGCAAGGAGACUCAUUUGCAUCAUGGUGCAGGUUACGGAGGGCAAGUUCGAGAUUGAUGGCGCCAGCCUUCACAGCAAGACAUGGCUGCCCGAUGGAGAGGUCAAGGCUAAGCUGAUCUUCUUCCACGGUUUCAGCGACCACAUUGACCGAUACUACGACUUCUUCCCGUCACUCGCCCGUCGCGGAAUCGCGACUUACGGCAUUGACCAGCGCGGCUGGGGCAAGAGCGCACCGGGCAAGGCCCACCGCGGCCGGACGGGCCCGACGACACGCGUGAUGGCCGACAUGGCGGCCUUCAUCAAGUCUCAGCUGCCCUCGCCUGACGCGCCCGUGUUCGUGCUCGGCCACUCGAUGGGUGGUGGGCAGGUGCUCACGUUCGCCAGCACGCCCGAGUACGACGAUGUCGUGGCGCAGGUGCGAGGGUGGCUGCUCGAGUCCCCCUUUGUCGGGUUCGCGCCGGAGCUGAAGCCCAACUGGUUCACCGUCGCGAGCGGAAAGCUCGCGGCUAGAGUGGUGCCCAAUUUCCAGAUGGUCAACGUGAUCCCGCCCGAGAACCUCACGCGCGACCCGGAGGUGCAGAAGUCGCUGCACGCUGACGAGCUCGUGCACAACACGGGCACGCUUGAAGGACUUGCGGGUAUGCUGGACCGCACCGGCAAGCUGAGCAGUGGGGAGCUCAAGAUCAGCGGCAAGGUCAAGAGCUUGUUCAUGACGUUUGGCACCGAGGACAAGGCAACAAGCUACGACCUUGCCAAGGCCUGGUUUGACCGGCAGACUACGAUCCCUGACGCCGAGUUCAAGUCGUACGACGGCGCAUAUCACAUGCUUCAUGCGGAUCUUGGGUGCGAGAAGUAUUACGAGGAUACUGCAAACUGGAUUCUCGCAAGGGCCGGUGGCGGCGAUGGCUCUACCAGGACGGAGAGUGCGCCUGCUCCUGCCCCGGCUGAGGGGACUAAGGCUGAGUCCAAGCUCUAAGGACGGCGCGAUGCACAGAUGUUUGUGUAAGAUGCCACGUAGUUUAGUAGCCGGAUUUCACAGAUUGAAAAAACAAAAACCACCAUGAUCUUA